AUGUCGUUAUUACUAUUGUUGAUAUUACAUUCGAUUGAAUUGGCUUUAUCUUUUCUGUGGAAAAGGGAUAUGAUUGAUGCAUGUCAAGAUGAUUUAAGUGUUCUGGUCCCUUCGAAUUCUUCUACUAUUCAAGUAGCUUAUGAUCCUAAUGCUCCUACUAAAAAACAAGUUGAUGAAGCAUGUGUACAAGCUGUUAAUGUUUCUUUAUUUUGGACCCUUUUUGAUUUUUUGGUCUUUAAAUUGAUUUUUUAUUUUUAUUUUGGAACGGUUGUUAGCACCUAUAGUAAAGAAUUAUUGGAACCGCCUCUGGCAACUGAUAAAAAAAUAGGAGCAGGACCUUCCUUAGAUGGAAACAAAAUUUCUUAA